UACAGUUUUGCUUUAGAAAAAUCUCAAUCCAAAAAAAGCGCGUUCCUUCUUUUAUUUUUCUGUCGAUUGUUUAGUAAACAGUAUAUACGUACGAUGUUGGCAUGAACUCAAACGACUUGAUGGUAACGUCACCUUCUUUCCUGAAAAAAAUGAUCGGACUAUAAUUUGAUGACUUCCCCAAAGCGUUUUUUUUUCUUUUUUCUUAUUUUGUUUAAUUCGACAACAGACCUAACAUUCGUUGAUUUUGAUAGUUGAAACGUACACAACUCUUUUUGCCGGUAAAUUAUUCUUCCUGUUGUAAAAGCCUGUGGUACUUUGAGUUUUUUGAAGACCAUGAGUGAGUCAAACGGGUCUGUAACUCCCUCACCUGGAAACGAUGUUAAUGCAAUUAUAAAUAUCGAUAGUAUCCAUCCUACUCUAAGUCUGUUAAAGGCGUUGCCAGAAUGCAAUUUGGUUAUAAAAAAGGAAAAAGACACCGAUAAGAAAACUGUCAGAACUAGCUUUCCCUUGAAAAAUCAUAAAGACUUACUUCUUUCUGGAAGAGUGUACCAUGAUUAUGAUUUUAAGCCCCGAAAAUCAAUCAUGGAUCGUGCUACUGCUCCACAAGAGUUCGCAAAAAGUGAAUUUCGUGGAUUUUACGUUUUAUUUUGGCUUUCCAUGUUUGUCUGGAUUGUACAAUUAUACGCAAAAAGUUAUUGGUUACGGAACACCAUUCUCGGAUUGCCUAUUGCCAAAAUUGUCUUUCGUCAGUUCUUUGUUCUAUUUGGCUCUGAUUUUAUCAUGGUUCUUUUGACCUUCUUUUCCUUUGGCUUGCAAUGGUGUGUCGAAAAGCGAUACAUUGUGUGGGCAAAUACUGGCUAUGCUAUUCAACUAAUCUGGCAAGGAUGCUUCACGUCACUAGCUGUCUACUGGGUAAUUCAUCGGAAAUUCCCGGUCAUCCAAUGUCUUUUUUUUACCCUACAUUGUGCCGUCCUGGUUAUGAAACAAUUCUCGUAUGCCCAACAUUUGGGAUACAUGAGUAAAGCUCGUGAGUUACAUGAAGCUUAUGGUGAUGUUUUACAGCUGAUUCGAAAUAUCCUGAAAGAAGAUUCAGACGAGGGACAAAUGUAUAGGUUUGAAUUAGAAUACCCUGAUCAUACUGAAUCAAUUGACGCUUUAAAAGCCGAAGAGGUUGUUGCUUUGACCAUGAAAUACCUUAGUCGCCAAUUGCGGAGCGAGAAGGGAAACGUGGCUUAUCCAAAUAACUUGACUCUUUUAAAUUACAUUGACUAUUUACUUGUACCCUCACUUGUCUAUAGUUUGGAAUUUCCCCGCGUCAGCAAAUUUAAUUUGAAGUACUUAUUAGUCAAAGUAGCUUCUAUAUUUGGUGUCUUAAUUAUUUGCUUGGCUCUCGUGGACUGGUACUUUUUACCUACCGCUGAAAGUGUCCAAGGACUAGAUUUUAUGACAAAGCUUCACCAUGCUCCAUUUUUGAUGAGCAGAAUUUUGUUCCCUGCCGUUAUUCUCUACUUGCUAUUGUUUUACCUUACCUUUGACUGUAUUUUAAACGCCUUUGCUGAAAUAACCAAAUUCGCUGACCGGGAAUUCUAUGGUCCCUGGUGGAAUACCGUGACUUGGGAUGAAUUCGCCCGGCUAUGGAAUAUACCAGUUCAUGUUUUUUUGAUGCGACAUGUAUAUCACUCUUCUAGACAGAGAAUGAACAAGACAUGGGCUGUUUUCUUGACUUUUUUGUUGUCUGCCUUGGUUCAUGAAUUUGUAAUGCUUCUAGUUACUGGAAAGCUUCGUUGCUAUAUUCUAUUUAUGCAGCUCCUUCAGUUGCCCUUGUAUGAUUUGUGUCAAAUGUCUGGAUUAAAAAACAGGGCAUUACUGGGUAACCUCUUCUUUUGGAUUGGAAUUUUUACUGGUCCUUCGUUUCUUUGUAUCCUAUAUAUCGUAUUUUAAGAAACAAAAAAAGGAGGAAGGUAAAGAUAAAGGCUACUUUAGAACGUAUUAGAGAUUCCUCGUAUGUUUACUAUUCUGUGUCUAUGUCUUAUGAUAUUUAUGAUGACAAAUAUUGGUUUCCUUAAGGAGAUAUAUCAGCUCCUUGAAUGAAAGAAAAGGAUCUGCUUUCUAAAUCAAAUUAAAGCUUACCUAUCAUUAUUUUUAUUGUUGUUAUUAUUACUAUUUUAUUUUUCGUAUGAAAUGCAAUAGACAGUUUCGACUUCGUUUUCUAUCCACA